AGUGAGCGAGUGAACAGGGAUAUGCAUCGCUCCAAUUAUAUACUCACACAGCUUGGUGGACAGACAGCUGGUGCUGCAUCAGUUGAGGACUUGUUGAGAGAGAUCAAUCCUACUAGUUGUGAACCAGGUCCACAAGGUUUCCUACAAUAUGUCGAUCAGUCAUCACUAAAAGAGAUGGCUGCACUCAAACAACAACAACAACUAUACAAUCAUCAACAACAACAUUAUCACAUGCAGCAACAGCAGCAGCAACAACAACAUCAUCAACAAAUGAUGUACCAUCAACAACAGUCACAACUACAGUCACAACAAUCACAAUACAUUCACAAUCAUACAAUGUCCACUACUACAACAUCAACAGCAACAUCACAACAGAGAAUGAAUGGUGGAUCAUCUGGAGGCACGACAUCUGGAGGUAUCUUUGGAUUCAAGAGUGGCAGCAGCAACAACAACAAUAAUACAGUCUCUGGCUCAGUCUCUGGUACAGGCGCAGGCGCAAGUAGAACCAACGAUGAUAGGAAGAGUUCAAGAGCGAGUAGAUUGAUCAAUAAUGAGGACGAACGACGACGACGAAAGGAACAGAAACGCGCGAGGGCAAAGGAGAAGCCUAUCUUUGUCUCAAAGGUGGACGACCUGCCGCCCGAGUGCAUCAAGAUGAUCAAGAAGUCAAAGAUCCCAGACGAGCAGUUGCGCGAGCACUUUGAGAUCCUGCUGCCCAUCCUGCGCUUCCGCACGGGCUUCAAUCUGCGCUCGGCCAACAACUCGCGCAAGUCGGUGCAGAUCCAGCCGAUGGCCAUCGUCUCGCCCGAGACCUCGCCAACAAUGAGCGCCACGACCACCACCACUACUGUCACAGCGUCGUCCUCGAUGGGACCGAUGCGAUACGACACCACCAACAGCAAGAACAGCGUAAACAACAAUGUCUACAACGAGGACGACUCGUACGAUGAGUCUCGUCUCGAGCAAUCCAUCCUGCCCAAGGGCUCCGUCGAGUUGUUCGAGAAGGGCGACGUCAAGAAACUGUAUAAAGGACUCAAACAGAUUGGAAGCGGAGGAUUUGGAAGUGUGUUCUUGGCCAAGUCCACGUUGGACAAAUGCGAGAUCGCAAUUAAGAAGAUAGCGCACACGACGCCAAAGGCAAAGAGGACCAACUUGAAUGAGAUUGGCUUCUUGCACUUUUGUAAUCAUCCCAAUAUUGUAAAGUAUUUCCGUAGCCACUUGGUGGACGAGCAGGUGUGGAUCGCCAUGGAGUACAUGCAGGGUGGCACGCUCACCGAGGCCUGCUCCAAUCACACGUUCAACGAGAGCUGCAUAGCAUAUGUCGCCAAGGGCAUGCUGGAAGGUCUAAAGUACCUCCACUCGCACAACCUAGUCCAUCGCGACAUUAAGUCUGGCAACAUCAUGAUGACAAUCGAAGGAAAGAUCAAGAUAGUUGACUUUGGACUUUGCGUGGACGCCACUCAACGCAAGUUGACACACAUGGCAGGAUCACCAUUUUGGAUGUCACCAGAGAUGAUCAAGGGCAUUGAGUAUGGAUGCGUGUCUGACAUUUGGAGCUUUGGUAUAUGCUUGCUGGAGUUGGCAAAUGGACAGCCACCCAAUCGCAAGUCAUCACUCAAUGCCAUGUUUGCCAUUGCCACCUAUGGAUGCACUGGUCUCGAUCGUCCAGAGCUGUGGUCCGACUCAUUCAAACACUUCCUCACCCUAUGUCUCGAAGUUGAUCCAUCAAAGCGACAUUCUGCCGAACAGUUGCUAAAGCAUCCUUGGCUACAGAUGUCAGAGAAUCCAGAGACGAUGAAGAAGGUAUUGACUCAGAUAUUUAUAUCAAAUGCCAUGCACCAGUUGGAGGCG